GCAAUUUUCCUGUCAGAGCUAGUUUAAUAAAACGCUACGAUUUAUGUCUUCGCUUUCUUUAUGUUCGACGAAGUCAGACUGUAAAAAUGAAUUUAUUUGCCUUUGUGUUAAUAUAUAAAUUUUGUUUGAUUUCGGCAGUUUCUAUAUUCGUAGAUAUAUUUAAAUCGAAAAAUAUAGAGAAUGGAGUGAUGUUUUAUUGCCAAAAUCGUUCUAAAGUUGUAUUUAUUCAGAAAACGUUUUUUGAAAAUAAUAUAAAAGUUACAAGUUUAAAAACAGAUCUAAAUUCUUCUCAAUUCGAGUAUUUGAGUCACUCAAAACUGGGUUUUAUAUUAGAUACAUCUUGUGCCUCUUGGUAUAACAUUUUUGCAAUUAUAGAUAAAAGAUUUUUUAAAAGGUCAUAUACUUGGUUGAUCUAUACAAAUAAUUUAAAAACAACGUCUAAUACUUUGUCAAAAUUUCCAAUUGAAAUUAACUCAGACUUUAUUGUCAUUAUAAAAAAUGGCGGAAGCAAUAUUUAUUAUCUGUAUGAAGUUUUCAAUAACGGAUUUUAUACACAUGGUUCAUUCGUUGUUCAUUAUUUGGGUUACUGGAAUCAAAAGCUGUAUGUAAAUCAGAAUGCACGAACGAAUUUGACAGGAGUGGUAUUAAAAUGUGCUGUUGUAGUACUUGAUCCCAUAGUCAACCAAACUUUUGAACAUUAUUUAGAAUACACAAAGCCAGGAGUAAUUGUUGAUUCCUUACAUAAAUUGAAGUUCUAUACUUUGAUAAAAUAUUUAGAAAAUAUAUACAAUUAUAGAUAUAAACUACAAAGAACCAAUUCAUGGGGGUAUUUACGCAAUGGAAGUUUCGAUGGAGUUGUAGGCGCCUUACAAAGACGCGAGGCGGAUAUCGGAGGCACGCCUGUCUUUUUCAGGUCGGACAGGGCGAAGUUCAUCGACUAUGUAGCACCUACAUGGCAAUCAAGACCCUGUUUUAUUCUACGUCAUCCUAAAUAUCCGGGUGGGUUUUACUCGAUAUACACGCGACCUCUAACCGCUGCAGUAUGGUUUUGUAUUCUAGCUGUAUUGGCUUUAUCUGGGUCUGUAAUGUGCAUAAUGUUUAAAAUUAAAGCCUUAAAAACAACUGGAGACGAUAAGGACUCCUCGUCUUCGAUGGCAUUUUUGUUUAUAUUUAGUGCUAUUAGUCAACAAGGCACAACUUUGACCAGGGGUUCAACAUCAAUGAAGAUCGUCAUAUUUAUGACUUUUAUCUUUACACUAACCUUAUAUCAGUAUUAUAAUGCGACAGUGGUAUCCACUUUGCUCCGUGAGCCUCCCAAAAGCAUUAAAAACCUCAAGGAUCUAUUAAAUAGCGGUCUCAAAGCAGGAGUCGAAGAUGUUUUAUAUAAUAAAGAUUUUUUCAAGCGUACAAAGGACCCGAUUGCUCUAGAACUUUACCAUCAAAAGAUAGUGACAAGUCGUCACUAUAACUUCCUUGAACCAGAAUACGGCAUGCGUUUAGUAAAACGUGGUGGCUUCGCAUACCACGUGGACAGUAUUACCGCUUACCGUAUCAUGAAGAAGAGUUUUAGCGAAAGGGAGAUAUGUGAUGCGCACGAGAUUCAUUUAUAUCCACCGCAAAAUAUGGCGGCUGUCUUACAAAAAGAUUCGCCGUAUAGAGAACAAGUCACAGUUGGAAUACGUAAAAUAUUUGAAUCGGGCUUAAUGCACAGAUUAAAGUCAGUCUGGGAUGAGCCCAAGCCGCCGUGUGUACGGACCCCUGACAGUAGCAUAUUCUCAGUUACUCUGCGAGAGUUUUCCAUGGCUCUGGUUAUGUUGGCUGUCGGCAUUGUUUUCUCUGUGCUCAUUUUAGUUGGCGAAAUAUUAACAUAUAGAUUUCAGAAUCAACCAAUAAAAUUUUGUAAUUUAAUAUUUUUAAAGUAA